AUUUUGGGGAAUAUCUCCGAAUUCCAAAGAGUGGUUGAGGUGCUCCAGGACAAUGUGGACUUUGAUAUCGAUGUGAAUGCCUCUGUGUUUGAAACCAACAUUCGAGGUGAGGGCUGCCUUCGAGGGCCUGUAGGAGAGAAGGGAUUGUGGAGUUGCCUCUUUGAAAACCAAGAAAGUGAAUACGGUCUUCAGAAUCCACCGUCCUUGGGUACGGGGCCCAAACCAGUGACUGGUGGCACUGCUGCCUUCCUGGUGUGUGGGAGGGAGAGGGCUCAGGAUCCCUCAUCAGUGUCAGACAUAAAAGUGAGUGGAGGACUGGAAGGAAAUAUGCCAGAAUUACAUGAAGAGCCCUUAUCUGGUUCUGUGAACAAGAAGGGUAUAAACUCUGCCUUCUUUCUGAUUACUCCCCAUUCAGUAGAAUUUUCUGGGAUGAUGGAAAUGUUUUUCGUUUGGUUUGUAGUUUUAGAUGUAUGUUUGUUUUGAGAACUGUCCUUAACCGUUGCUUGGUCUGGCCUGGAAUUCACCACCAUGUAGGCCAGGCUGGCCUCAAAAUCAAAGCAAUCCACCCUUCUUGUCCCAGGCUGCUGAAAUCGGGGAUUGCAGAUGUGAGCCAUCAUAUCUAUCUCCCAUUUUCCUUUUUUUUUUUCUUUUUUUUCUUUUUUUUUUGAGACAGGGUCUCCCUGUAGCCCCAGCUGUUC